AGGUGGUGUCUGAGCGAAUGAGAAGCUUGGUGGAGCUGACGAUGUGGUGCACGUGCGAUGGUGGCAGGGUUCGUUGUGCGAAACGCGGCGGAGUGCGGUUUACGGUGGGGGGCAACCCGUGGUUCUUGAUGGUGCUCAUCCACAAUGUGGGCGGCGCGGGGAACGUGGUGGCAGUGAGGAUCAAGUGCCCAUACACCGGGUGGGUGCCAAUGUACCGCAACUGGGGUGCGUUGUGGACCGUGCGGACUAAGAUGAGCGGGCCGCUGUCGUUCGUGGUGACGACCAGCGACAGGCGGAGUCUGGUACUGAGGAACGUGGUGCGCAACGGGUGGAGGUUUGGGCAGACAUGGGCGAUGAAGGCGAGGUGUGGAGGGAGCGGAGCCGGGACGAGGGGGAGCUGGGAGGUGAUGAUGAAGAGGAGGUGGACGCUGCUUGUUUGAGAUGUGGCGCCUGCGCAAGGAAGCGAGGCCGUUCAUCCAUGAGAAGCUAGUUCGGGUGCAGGUAGAAAGGUUUGUGUGGGGUGGAAGCCGGGUGUGUGGACCAGAGAUUUUUGUGAAAGCCGGUGACAUCACGGAGCUUCCGACAGAUUGACGAGAGGUGCGACGAUUAGGUGUGAUGCUUAUAUGCCAGCAGCCAUUGAUGCUGGGACGAUUGUAAUCUACAUUGACUCCGCUUUGGUGCUA